CAUCUUAUAGUGAGGUACCAUCAAGACCUGAGCUCGCGACACCAUGCCACCGAUACCCUCCAUCCAGAAGCGCCACCAGCACCACACAGCCCACUCGCCAUAUGAGUGGAAGGAGAGGAGGGAGUUCUCCCAUAACUGGAAGGCCAAGUUCCGCGGCAAUGCCCAGGUCAUCACCACAGAUCUCGCCUGGACCAACCUCAUCACGCCACCCAACCCCAGGGUCACCACCACACUGGAGGAGGGCCUCGAGCUCAGCAAGCACCUCACGCUGCUCCAGGGCAUCCCCAAGGAUGGUGGGAAGGAUGGCCUCGACGUCCAGCCUGUCACCGUCUUCCACUCUGCAGACGAGGACCCAGAGCAGCUCCUCGUCUACAUGAGGGGGGGGCUGAGCCUCCCAGACAGGAACAAGGACCUCUGCCGCCUCAUGGUUGAUGCCAUUGAGAAGUACACGACACUCGCGCCACCCCCAAAGCCCAGCAGUGACGAGAGGCACGAGAUGGAGCAGGCCAGGAAGGCUGAGCACGAGGGGAAGAAGUGGGGAGUCUACCACCUUGGGCUGUGGCAUGCCACAGGACAGCCACACACGCCUCCCACCCUCUGCUCAGACAUGCGCAGGACUGGAGCGGGCUUCGGGGCCACGCUGGCCCUCUACAAGACCAUGGCCCCCCUCGCGCAGACCAUAGGCAGGCUCUUCCAGGAGAUCGAUCCCAGGGCCUACCAGCAGUACAGGCAGAACUACCUUGGCGAGUGUGCAGCCACGCCUGAGCUGGAGGUCUUCAAGUUCAGCAACAGGAGCUGCUGGCACUGCCUCGCGAUCCUGAUAAACGCCCAGGUUGGGCCUCACAAGGACAACCAUGAUGUGCUCGAUGGCUGGGUCGCGAUGGCCUGCUUUGGAGAGUUUGAGGGAGGGGAGCUGUGCCUGCCAGCCCUUGGCUAUAGGAUUCCCUUCCAGCCAGGGGAUGUUGUCCUGUUCCGCUCUGCAGUCCUCGAGCACUGGAUCGCGCCCUUCGAGGGCACGCGGUACUCGUGCGUCUUCUUCACGAAGCAGAGCAACUGGCAGCCAGGUGAGGAGGAGUAGAGGGCUUGUCUCCUGGUCCAUUUCCGGACUCACGUUCUUGCAGGGACGCUUUGCAAGGGGAACAAAUUGACGUACUCCGAUUGUUGAUCGGACUUUCGAUGGUGGAGAUAUUCCGGUUUUGGUCGGGCGAUGCAUGGGAGGGGUGAUUGGGGGAGCAUGUUAUAGGAUGGAUUGUAAUAUCCUGACGCGGCAUGCAGAUGGUGCGUUCGAUAGCGUUAAUAAAAGUGAUUUGCAAGACGAAUCAAAUGGCGUACUCCGAUUUGUGAUACGAGUUGAGACGGGUGAGAUAUUGCAGAUUUCGCUGGGGGGACAGUAGGGGUGGUGGAGCACCUACUCUGAGGGAUUAUAACCUUUGCAGCUACGGCGGAAACUUCACGUUCGAUAUCGUCAUUGGAAGAGAUUUGCAAGAGAAAUCGAAUGGCCUCUUACGAUUUUUGAUACGACUUGAAACGAGUGAGUUAUUUCGGAUUUGUUGGGCCGGGCCCAGGAAAUGGGGCCCCAUGGUAACAUGUGAGAAGGAUUCCAACUUUUGCAGCGACGUCUGAAACUUAACGUUCGGUAUCGUCAAUGGAAGAUAUUUACAAGGGGAAUCGAAUGGCGUAUCCCAAGUUUUGAUCCGAGUUCAACUGGUGAAGAUAUUCCGGAUUUAGACGGGUGGCAGUGGGUAGGAAGGCCAAGGGGGGUGGUUACAUAUGAGACGUGGUAUAACUUGUGCAGCAGUGCGCUGAACUUAACGUUCGAUAACGUUAUUGAAAGAGGAUUGCAAGGGGAACAAAAUGGCGUACUCCUUUUUUUGAUACGAGAAAAAAUGGGUUAGUUAUUUCGGAUUUCGUCAGGUGCUUGGUGGCUGAGGGACUGGCUGAGUAUAGUUUAUGAAGGCUAAUAACGCCUCCAGCGAUGGAUCAAAUCUAUCGUUCGAUAGGGGAAAUUGGACAACGUUGCAAGACGAACAAAAUGGCAUACUCUGAUUGUUGAUAUGAGUUGAAACGAACAAGUUAUGGCGGAUCUUCUCAGGCGACGAAACCAAACGUUCAGUAUUGUUAUUAAGGGAGAUUUGCAAGCGGAAUCGAAUGGCGUCCUCCGAUUUUUCAUACGACUUGAAAUGAUCGUGUUAUAAUGGAUUUCGAUGGGUGGCAAGAAGAAGAGGGCAUAGAACGGGAAGUGGUAUAAAUGCAGAGCUGAGAGGCAAGAUCAAACGUUCGAUAUCGUAAUUGAAAGAAAUUUACAAGGGGAACAAAAUGGCGUCUUCCGAUUUACGAUGCGGUUUGAAACGAUGGAGAUAUCCCAGAUUCCGCCGGGUGGCAAGGGUGCAGUAUGGGCAUGGCACGUGAGUGGCGAUAGCUUCUGCAGCGAUGGGUAGAAUAUAAAGUUCGAUAUCGUCAUUGAAGGAGAAUUACGAGGGGAAUCA